AUGAGUCUUACGGGUCGAAUAGCUAAAUCAAGACAGUGGCUUCAAUUUGCUCGUCAUUGGCAUCUUCUGGACGCGAACCAUCAAGAUGCUUAUAAAUUAGGGGAGAAGGUAGCCUAUCACUUGGUCGGAAAACACAAGCCCAUCUGGCACCCGGAAACGGAUUGUGGCGAUCAUGUGGUUGUCGUCAAUUGCAAGAAUGUCGCCAUGGAAGGUUUCGACUGGAAGCACAAGAUCUACCACUUUGACAAUCAAUAUCCCCAGGGACGCGCUGAUAUUCCAGCUCACCAAAUUCAUGAAUACGACCCCUGCAGAAUCGUUUUUAUGGCAACGUACAAGCAGCUGGGCAACAAUCUCGUCCGGAGGCGUCAUAUCCAACGGCUUCACCUAUUCCCCGAUACAGAAAUGCCAGAAUUUGUAAAGCGAAAUAUUAGCAAUCAAUUGGAGCAGAUACAACUCGUCCCAAAGAAGUCCACAGAUUACACGGCUGAAGAGCGGGCGGCUUUUCCCAAAUUGGUGCGAUUCCCGAAAAACCACUUCGAGGAAUGGGAGCACACUAGCAAGAGCCAGGGACGACAUCCGAAGCCGGCGUUUGGGAAGACUAAAGAA